UCGUCUUCUCCGAUCACAAACCAUGGCUGCAGGGUUUCCGGUGGCGUCUCUGGUAGUCCUAGGAACAUGUCUUUUGUUGUUGCUAAAAGUUGCCUAUGAAACCAUCUCAUGUUACUGGCUGAUUCCUAGACGCAUCAAAAAGGCGAUGGAGAAACAAGGAGUGCGUGGGCCGAAACCUCGGUUCCUGGUCGGAAAUGUUUUCGAAGUGGCGUCGAUGGUCUCGAAAUCCACCGCCGGCGACAUGGAAUCCGUCCACCACGACGUCGUUUCCAGGCUACUGCCGCAUUACGUCGCGUGGAGGGAGAUUUACGGCAAGAGAUUCAUAUACUGGAAUGGGGCGGAGCCCAGGCUGUGCCUGACGGAAACCGAUUUGAUCAAGGAGCUUCUCUCCAAGUACAACGCCGUCACCGGAAAAUCAUGGAUGCAACGGGAGGGGUCCAAACAUUUCGUCGGCCGGGGGCUGUUGAUGGCCAACGGCGAGGAUUGGUAUCACCAGCGUCACAUUGCCGCGCCAGCUUUCAUGGGUGAUAAACUCAAGAGUUACGCCCGGUACAUGGUAGAAUGUACGACGGAGAUGCUCCGAUCACUGAAAAAUGCAGUGGAAACGGGUCAAACCGAGUUCGACAUAGAGAGUUGCAUGACUCGGCUUGCCGCCGACAUCAUAUCCCGGACGGAAUUCGGCAGUAGCUACGAGAAGGGAAAGCGAAUUUUUGAGUUGCUGACCGUUUUACAACGCCUUUGUUCUCAAUCUACACGGCACUUGUGUUAUCCCGGUAACCGGUUUUACCCAAGCAAAUAUAACAGCGAGAUAAAAACGUUAAACAUUGAGGUGGAGAGGCUGUUGAUGGAGAUCAUACAGAGCAGAAAAGACUGUGCAGAAAUCGGGAGGAUCAGCACGUACGGGGAUGAUUUACUGGGAUUGUUACUGAAAGAGAUGCAGGAGAAUAAAGGGAAUAGCAAUGGAUUUCGUUUGAAUCUGCCAUUGAUAAUGGAUGAAUGUAAGACCUUCUUCUUCGCCGGCCAUGAAACUACCGCGCUAUUGCUCACCUGGACCGUCAUGCUUCUCGCUACCAAUCCUUCUUGGCAGGAGAAAGUUCGCGAGGAAGUGAUGCAAGUCUGCAAUGGCGAUCCUCCCUCCAUUGAACAACUCUCCAAGCUAACCUUAUUGAGUGCGGUGAUAAACGAGGCGCUACGGCUGUAUCCGCCGGUGACGCUGCUGCCGAGAAUGGCGUUUGAGGACUUCAAGCUGGGGGAUCUGCACAUUCCGAAGGGUUUAGCAAUAUGGAUUCCGGUACUUGCCAUCCAUCACAGCGAAGAAAUAUGGGGAAAAGAUGUGAACGAGUUCAAGCCGGAAAGGUUUAUCUCAAGGUCCUACUCGCCUGGCCGGAUUUUCCUUCCGUUUGCCGCCGGGCCGCGGAACUGUGUCGGCCAAUCUUAUGCGUUGAUGGAAGCUAAGAUCGUGCUGGCCAUGUUGAUUUCCCGAUUCAGCUUCGACAUCUCCGACAAUUAUCGUCAUGCUCCGGUGGUUGUCAUCAGUGUCAAACCUAAGUAUGGCGUUCAAAUCCGACUGAAUCCUUUGAUCUAGCAAGGGUUAGGAAAACAUAGUGACAAUAUUUGGGUGGUGAUGAAGGAGGAUUUACUUUUAUUUUUAUUUUUGUUGUUAUAGAAGUUAUACUACAUUUGGACUUUGGUAAUGAAUGAUCAUACAUGCUUGUCUAUCAAUAUAUCCUAACAAAAUGAUGGUACAAGUUUGACAUUUUAUAU